UAAAGAUAUAUGGAAAUCUUGAAGUAAUUCCCUAGUCAAAACUCGCAAAAAUAUAAAAUUAUAAAAGUUGUGAAGUUAGUCAUUACUCGAGAUUCGCAAAAAAACAAAGAAACGGGACACAAUUCAUCAUUUGUUAAAUACUAUGAUAUAUAGUAUUAAAUUAAUAAUGAUUGAAAAUAAUUUUAAAUAUAACAUGAAAAUAAAGAAAGUUCCGGGAUUAUUUCCUGGAACAUGGAAGUAUUUUAUUGGUGAUUAUACAUUUCAUAAGGAUUAUCAAUCUAAAUCACCGAGAUAUACUUGCACUUCUAAGAGAACAGUAUCUCGGUGUCCAGUUGUAGCCAAGAAAGUUGGAGAUGACUAUAAAUUUACUCCAAUCGAACACACUCACCCCAAACCUCCAAAAUGUAAAAAAAAUAAAUUAACAAAAAAAAUUAAACAUCUUGCGGCUAAAACCUUUUCAACAUCAACGACGAUUUGUAAUGAACUUAAUGAAGAUAUAAAAAAAUCAAGACUUAGUCCUACUGCUGUAAAAAUUUGUGUUUCUCGGACGAGAAAAUCAUUACUACCCGAAGCUCCAAAAGUAUUUACAGAGUUAAAAGAUACACUUAAAAAUUAUUCAAAAACUGCGUGUAUUUUUCGGGGAGAAGUUAUGUGUGAAGACGGCUCUGCUAUUAUUCUUUCUGAUAAAGAAUUAAUAGAGCAUAUCGGUGACGUGGAUGAAAUACAAAUCGAUAGAACUUAUGAGAAUGUCCCCGUUGAUGUACCUUUUAAACAACUAUUGAUAUUCCAUUUAAGAAAAAAUAACAUUGGUUUACCUAGCAUUUUCGUUAUGUGUAAUUCGACAAGUGGAUCAAUGUAUUCGCAGUUAUGGAGUAACUUGAUAGACCGAGUACCGUCUAUUCAAGAAAAUUUGAAAUCAGUAGUUUGUGACUAUGAUCCUGUUUUGAUGUCUGUUACAAAAAGUUCAUUGGGUGGUAUUCAAUUAAGAGGUUCAUGGUUCAGUUACAUACGGAUGACUUGUCGACUUUGGAGGUCUAUGGGUUUGAAUGAAAAUUUGCUUCACGAUGUAUUGAGAUAUACAUGGCUAAUCAUAUUACUUCCAGCUGAACGGUUUAAAGAAGCUAUUCAUGAAAUAAUUGCAACAAUAAAAGAUACAAUAGAGCUGUAUGAUGAAUCUGAGCAAGAUUUAAAUAAAUUUAUUCAUAGCUUGGAAGCAUGGUUACUACCACAAGCCGAAUCUAUUUCGGUAAAUGAAAAUUAUGAUAAGGCUAUCAACAUUGGUGAAUAUUUCAAUCGACAUAUUGUUAAUAAUCUUGGAGGUUACAAUCCAAAAUUAUUUACAUAUCUAGAAAGAAUUAGAAAUAUUUGUUGUGAAAGCAAUGAUCGAUGGAAGAAAUUACAAAAAGGUUCUGAACUACUUGGUCUCAAAUGUUACCGAUAUGUUAUUAUUGAUAAACACAUAAGACAAAACUUAGAUGAUCUUAACAGCGGAAAGUUGACUAUGAUUGAUUUUUUAAAAAAUGCUUUGACAACGUCUUUGUAUGAAGAAAUUCUUCAUCAGCUGAAUUCCAUUCAAUACAAAGACGAUGACAAGAAAAUCAUUGGUCUGCCAGACCCAUCUCUUUUUACAGUAUAAUGAAAUAUCAAUUAUUGACUUAUUUAGUUUAUAUUCUGUAAAUUAGUGAUCUUUAAAAAAUAAAUAAAUAUUUAGUGAUUUAAUGUAUUUACUAGAGCUACCAACCUUACAGCCACUAUGUGACUGUCGUGACUUGUGAACUAUAAGAAAUUGAAAUUUUGUUUUAUUAAAUAAUGACUUUUGUUAAAUUGCACUGUACUUUUAU